AUGGCUGCCCCGACCAGACGCCCGCACUGCAGAAGACUGAUCCUCUUGUGUGCACUGCUGGGGAUGCUAUGGGAGGCCAGGGCCGGGCAGAUCCGCUAUUCUGUGCCAGAAGAGACAGAAAAGAGCUAUAUAGUUGGAAACAUCUCUAAGGACCUGGGACUGGAGACCCGCGAGCUGGCGGAGCGCGGAGUCCGCAUCAUCACCAAAGGUAAGACCCAGCUUUUCUCUCUGAGCCCGCGGAGCGGUUGUUUGGUCACCGCGGGCAGGAUAGACCGGGAGGAGCUGUGCGCUCAGAGCGCGCCUUGUCUCCUAAGCUUUAAAGUCCUAGUUGAAGACAGAGUGAAACUUUAUGGGGUGGAAGUAGAAGUGAUUGAUAUCAAUGACAAUGCGCCAAAAUUUGAAGACGAAAAUUUGAUUGUAAAGAUCAGUGAAAUCGCUGCCCCUGGAGCACGGUAUUCACUCCCAGAAGCGAUUGACCCAGAUGUAGGCAUAAACUCCCUCCAGAGUUACCAGCUUAGCCCCAACCGCCACUUCUCUCUCCACUUGCAAACCGGAGACGACGGAACUAUAAACCCAGAGCUGGUACUGGAGCACACCUUGGACCGAGAGGAAGAGUCCACUCACCACCUGGUCCUCACCGCCUACGAUGGCGGCGACCCGCGCCGCUCCAGCACAGCGCUCAUCCAGGUCACAGUGUUGGAUACCAACGACAAUGCCCCUGUUUUUGACCAACAGGUUUACCGCGUGAAAGUCCUUGAGAACGUGGCCCCGGGCACCCUGCUGCUUACAGUGAGAGCUAGCGACCCGGAUGAGGGUGCCAAUGGGAAGGUGACAUACAAAUUCCGGAAAAUUAAUGAAAAACAAUCGCUGUUAUUUCAUCUUCAUGAAAACACGGGGGAAAUGACAGUAGCGAAAAAUCUGGACUAUGAAGAAUGUUCAUUGUAUGAAAUGGAAAUACAGGCUGAAGAUGGUGGGGGACUGAAAGGGCGGACCAAAGUGGUAGUUACGGUAGAAGAUGUAAAUGACAAUCGGCCGGAAGUGACCAUUACAUCUCUGUUUAGCCCAGUAAGGGAAGAUGCUCCCCCAGGGACAGUAAUCGUCCUUUUCAACGCUCAUGACCAAGAUUCUGGGAGGAAUGGGCAAGUUGUCUGUUCCAUCCAGGAGAACCCAUCUUUUAAGCUAGAAAACUCAGUAGACGAUUACUAUAGGUUGUUGACAGCUCAGAUUCUUGAUCGAGAAAAGGCUUCUGAGUAUAACAUCACAGUGACAGCAACAGACAGGGGAACCCCAUCCAUGUCCACAGAAGUUCACAUCACCCUGUAUGUGGCUGACAUUAAUGACAAUCCACCUGCCUUCUCUCAAACCUCCUACUCGGUCUGUCUCCCCGAAAACAACCCCAGAGGCACCUCCAUCUUCUCAGUCAGUGCCCACGACCCUGACGAAAACGAGAAUGCUAAGGUUACUUACUCCUUGGUGGAAAAUACCAUCCAGGGGGCCCCACUCUCCUCCUACGUCUCCAUGAAUUCUGACACUGGUGUGCUCUAUGCUCUGCAAUCCUUUGACUAUGAGCAGUUUCGAAGCCUGCAAAUGCAGGUGAAGGCAAGUGACAAUGGGCAUCCGCCACUCAGCAGCAAUGUGUCCCUGUCUGUGUUUCUAUUGGAUCAGAAUGACAAUGCUCCCAAGAUCCUGUACCCCUCCCUCCCAACUGAUGGCUCCACUGGUGUGGAGCUGGCUCCCCGCUCAGCAGAGGCUGGGUAUCUGGUGACCAAGGUGGUAGCAGUGGACAAAGACUCUGGACAGAAUGCUUGGUUGUCUUACCGUCUGCUCAAGGCUAGUGAGCCAGGACUUUUCACAGUGGGGCUCCGCUCAGGAGAAGUACGCACAGCUCGGGCCCUGCUAGAGAGAGAUGCACUCAAACAAAGCCUUGUGGUAGCUGUACAGGACCAUGGCCAGCCCCCUCUUUCAGCUACCAUCACUCUCACGGUGGCUGUGGCAGACAGCAUCCCCGACAUCCUGGCUGACUUGGGCAGUAUCAACACUCCUGCAGACCCCGAUUCUGACAUUACUCUCUACCUGGUGGUGGCAGUUGCUGUGGUCUCCUGUGUCUUCCUACUCUUUGUACUGGUGCUGCUGGCACUUAGGCUACAGCGCUGGCAUGCUUCGCACCUGCUGCAGGAUGCAAUGGGUGGAUCCACUGGGGUGCCAACAUCACAUAUUGUGGGUGUGCAUGGGGUUCAGACUUUCCUACAAACCUAUUCUGAAGAGUUUUCCCUGACACCCGACUCUGGGAAGAGCCACCUGAUCUUCCCCCAGCCCAACUAUGCAGACACACUCAUCAGCCAGGAGAGCUGUGGGAAGAGUGACCCUCUGUGCAAUUCAGUUGAGUCCAAGUUUCCUAUUGAUGACACUCCUUUAGUUCCUGUGAGUUCUGGGGUUUUCUUCUUUAUUAAGUAUGAUAAUUCGCUCUUAGUCUUGUUAAAUUGCUAUUUACAUAUUUGUAACCACUCAAGUUUUCAUUGAAUCUAAGCUUCACCCACAACAUCUAGAAGGUUUAUUGAAUAGCCAGCUCAAUUUACAGUAAGCUAGGCAUCACCGAGAUGACUUUCACUUUCUUAUUAUGAAACUCCUGUGGAUGGGGGCAAUCCUCAUUGUCCUGCAUGGAGAGGGCUGUUUGGAGAGAAUGCCGUGGCUGGUUACAGUGCUUCUCUACAGUCUCUGCAGCUGCAGCUCUAUUCCUGACAUGAACCGAUCAUUAUUCCCAGUGUAGCUCUUGCCCCUAAAACAGUUCCAAGAGUGACGCUUUUGUAGGGGUGAACCAAAACGUUCCCCUUUCUUAGGGAAACAACUGGAAACCCACAGUCUCUGCCUAAAUUUCUGUUUCUAUGAACUAUCGCUUUCCCAGGUCCUAAGUUUGUAGAAACUAUUUGUGUUUAAAGAUCUUUUCUGAGGAGGAGUCGAGCUUCAGCUAUCAUUCUCAAACCCCAGCAAAGCUUUCUGGUUUUCGUUUAAUGGUGAAAAUCAUGACAUCUAUUAUGAUGAUAACAUCAAAGGCUUGGGUUUCCUAAUGAUAUAGUGUCAAGCUAUGAAAAUUAGUUUGAUACUCUUUUUUUUCAAGUGUAUGUCUGCUCAAGAGAAGUUGCUAAUAUGGGGAAUCAAAGUUUCGGCUCCAGCUCAAUUUUCCAAUCUCUGGGAGUUUAAAUGAACCUGAACAUGGGGUGUAAGAUAGAAAUUAUUCUCAGAGCAUGCGGGAAGAAAUUCUAAGAUUUUCCUGGAUUUUAGCU